UUGAGAGACUGAAAGAAGUCAACAUAAGAAACCAAAUGUUAAUUGAAGAAUAUAUAAGUUCUAGUAUGAAAACUUUAGGUAUCAUGGGUGUGCACAAUAGUGCAUGUUUGGCAGUGAUUUGUGGGUCGUUUCGAAGCACAUGCCUUGAACCUAGGGCUGUCAAUGGGUCAUGUCUUGGUGAAAUUUGCUCAAUCCAUACUCGACCUAGUACAUAGCAUUUAUACUUUGUUUGUAUUUACUUGGGUUAGUGUCGUAUAUAAACCAUGUUCACGUCGUGUUUAGUUGGUUUGUGUCGACUCAUUUGCUUGGGUCUGGCUGGUCCACCCAUCUACCGUUUGAACUCAUAGGCUAAAUCCAAAUUUGAUGACUACGUGUCGGUUAAGAAUCGGAUUCGGGGAUCAUGUCUAAAAGUGUCUGGCUAAUUGAACCUAGGUUUGGCUUCUGUUAUAGAUGCACCUUCACAUGAAGAUCCUGUUCUCUUAAGGUUUUUCUUGAUUGCCUUGAAGCAUAAGGCAUCUGCUUUCAAAAUGCUGGCAUACUCUGCAUUGAGAUGUUCUGUAGGCUUAUUGGGCUCAAGAUGUAAAUACUGUCAUGUCUAAUAUGGCACAUCUUUUUGAUUUUCCAGCCACAUUCGGUAAGUGAUAUAUUGACAAGCAUUUAUAGUUGCUUGGCAUUGUGCUCCAUUGGUAGUAGUAUGCUUUAUUGCUCUUUUUCCAAUAAGCGUCCUAGUGUAGUUGUAAUGCAACAUUCCUUAUUCCUCCCACCAUCCAGCUAUAUAUUUGCCUACCUGCAUAUACCUAUAUUCAAAUCAUAAUACAGUCCAAGUCCUAGUUCAAUGAUUUGGGUGGACAUUGUGGAUCCAUUGGAAUGGCCAUCUGUUAAAAAGAUCUUCUACUUCCAUUCUCUUGUAGGUUAUACUGUGAGUUGCAGUAUUAGCUAUGAUCAUAUAGAGUUACAGUCCCUAGUGAAGAGUUAUAAGAGCAAGACUAAAGAACACUGUUAUUUUCUUGUCCAUCACAUUUGAUGCAGAUACCUUAAUUAUCAUUGAAGAUUUUUUGUUAAGUAGUCUUUGUACACUAGUGCUGUUGUGUACUCUUGUUGCUUCCAUUAUUGUGUGGUUGUUGGUACUUAGUGAGGAAGAAUAACUUUUGUGAUCUUGUGAGAAGUCGUGUUGCAGCUAUUCAAUUUUGUUCUACUCUAAAAUCCAUUUGUACAAAACCACAACUGGGUAAGCUCAGCUGGGGUUGAAGAUUAUAGUAAGAGGUACCUGAUCUGCUGGCCUGCCACAAACACAAAUCCUCAGCACGCAAUAUAAUCCAAAAGUACUCCAAAGACUCUACUAAAGUGCAUAAAGAAGGUCGUAAUACUCUUGUUGAGUUCCCCAACAACAUAGAGCUUGAGAAUCUCAGACCCUAGUAAUAAAGACAAUUAGAGAUACAAUUGGAUAUCAGUGAUUAAUUCAUGUUUCCCUCUGGCCACUUUGUCUAUAUUAUGUUCUCUAGACCUAUAGUCCAUGCUGAUUUUAUUUUAGAAAGCAAUUUAUAUCUGUUUCUGGGGAGGAUUAUUGAUUGUUGUCCUUGCAUAUUAUGUAGUUCUUUAUGCUGUGGCACUUGUGUAUGCAUUGGGCUUUUGUCCUCUUCGUCUUCUAACAAUUGCAACUGGAUUUAACUGUUGAAGGCAACAUUGAGCAUUAAUUGUAGGAGUGGAAUGUGUGAUGUCAAAUUGCGCAGAACUGGUUGUGAAUUUUGCGUAAGGACUAAGGGAAGAUCUCGGUUUGUGGAGACCGAUGGUUCCCUUUAGGUUGACUUUUGGGAGAAGAACAAUCUUGAACUAUGUGGCUGCAUAUGGUGCAAGUCAACAACGAGUGUUUGCAGUUCAAGUAUUCGAGUUGCAUAGGCUGAUAAAGGUCCAAAGAUUGAUUGCUGGAGCACCACAUCUUUUGCUUGAAGAGAAUGCUUAUCUGGGAAAACCUGUAAGGGGCUCUCCUGCCAAGAAAAUUCCACUGGAGUAUAUUCUUAAAGCUCCAGCAAAUACUGCCAAGCACAAAGAGGACUUUGAGAAGCCAAAUUAUAAGAUGGAAUGCUCCGCGGAAAAUGCUGUUGGGAAGACCUCUCUUUCUUCUGUGCAAAAUGGUAGUAAGCCUCCAAACCACAGAUCAUUUUUGGAAAACCCACCGCUGAACGAUACUACUGAUGCCAAGAGUCCUUGUUCUUUCCACCAACCACCUGGGCACCAAUGGUUGAUUCCUGUGAUGUCUCCUUCUGAAGGGCUUGUAUACAAGCCAUAUCCUGGUCCUGGAUUCAUGGGCCCCGGUUGCGGUGGUUGUGGUCCACCAGGAUCAACACCCAUAAUGGGUAACUUCUUGAGUCCUGCUUGUGGGCUUCCCACGUCUCAUCACCAUUAUCAAGGAAUGGGAAUUCCUCCUUUUGCGUCUACAGCUGGUCAUAGCUACCUCUAUCCAUAUGGCAUGCCAUUCAUGAAUCCAUCGCUAUCAGGCUCAAGUGUUGAAAAAAUGAACCACUUUACUGGGCCAGUAUUGCAUGGUCAGUUAUCAGGUGCGGGAGCCAACUUCAACUCGCAAAAUCAGAGCUCAUAUAAUUUGCCAAGCCAGAAGAAUGGAGCUUUUUCAAAUGUCGCAAAGUUACAUGCACAUAAAGAUAGCGAAUUACAAUUCAGUACAGCAAGUAGUCCAAGUGAGAAAGCACAAGGAAUGAGGAAAGGUCACACAAGUGAAGGAAGAAACGUGCUUCCUCUGUUUCCCGCGUCUCCAGCUGUUAACAUUCCAGAUGGACCCCCUCAACUUCACGAGUCUGCUCAGCCAGCCCAAGUAAUUAGAGUUGUGCCUCACAAUGCAAGAUCUGCGAAUGAAUCUGCUGCUCGGAUUUUCCAAUCUAUUCAAGAAGAGAGAAAACACUUAGACUCCAUUUAGUUCCUGUCCUGCGGGACAAUUGCUGGCUUGUAAAUGACAAUGACCUCAUCCAGAGUGGUGGUGCUUGGUCAUUUUGUGUGUUACUUUUUGACUGUAGCGUCUUGUUUACUAGUUUUGAUCUGAUUAUGGGUGCCAACAUAUGUAGAUAUAUACUUGAAUGCUAUUAUAAGAUUAUUUCAGGUGUAUUCAUGUUGUACUUUCUGGUCUGGUCCUUUUUGAAAAUGUAAUUCAUAGGUAAUAACUUAUUUACCUAGCAACUAAUCUUUCAAAAAAAU